AUGCUCUUCGGAAUCUUCUUCGCCUUUUGGCGCUUCAUGGAGAUCAUCACCUUGAUCCCCACCCUCGGCAUGCUCGCAUACUUCGUACACAUCUACGCCAGCAACAACGCCCUAACACCAAACUACAUCCUCGUCCUCUUCAUCGUCAGUGUCCUCGGCGCCGCCUGGGCAAUCGCAACCCUCUUCACCUACCACCGCUCGAAGCACAACGCGCGCUUCGUAUCCUUCAUCGACAUCUGCUUCGUCGGCGCGUUCAUCGCCGGCGUGUACGAACUGCGCGGCAUCUCAGGCGAAAACUGCUCCACCAUCACCACCAGCGCGCCCUACCAGAUCAACUUCGGCAUCGGCAGCCUGACCUUCGAUUCCCUGCAUUUCACGGCGAACAAGCAGUGCAGCAUGCUGAAGGCCAGCUUCGCGUUCGGGAUCAUGAACUGCAUUUUCUUUUUUAUUACGAGUAUGCUGGCUUUCUUCCAUGGGAACUCGAAGGAGGCGAGGAAGGAGACCUAUGUCCGAUCGGAAUCCCACUAUUCAAGACACGGUCACCGGAGGAGUGGGAGCCACAGGAGCCACAGGAGCUCGCACUCUGGCACCAGGAGACACGCAUACGUAUAA